GCGCCGACUGUACAGCAUUUCAGCUGUUCUGAAUUAAAUCAUAACGUCCUCGAAGGGGAGUACCAAGUGACCUCUCCCGCACCUAGACAAAUGGCAAUGGUGGUCCGCGCCCCGCCCCACCCCACCCCCGGCCGCCUUCUUCCCCCGUCCGCAAGGUACGAGUGGGUGGGUGGGCGAGAGGAAAGAAGGAGCACCCUGGACUAAGGUCUCGGUGGAGUCUCCACGCGCAUGCGUGCUGCUGCUUUCCUCCCUCCCUCUCCUGGUUUCCCCCAACCUGAAGUUAACUUCUGGCGCUCCGGCUUGCACUUGGGAGGCUACCAGGCAGGCGAUGGCACUUUGGCUCAAGUUCUGCUCUUUCUUCUUCUCUCUCACGGCCUGCCUCGAUGGGCCGCGUCUGGCCGUCUCCGCCGGCGGGACCAGCAGCGGCAGGAAAGGAUCCGCGGGCGAGGCUUGCGGCUGGAUGGGCCUCUCUCCAAAUGGAAAGAAUAUUGGACUGCCUAAUAUUACCUUUAAAUAUGACAAUUGUACUCCUUAUUUGAAUUCAAUAGGAAAACAUGUCAUUGGAGAUGUACAGAACAUCACUAUUAGUCAAUACCCAUGCUCUGAUCAAGUUGCUGUGACUGUAUUGUGGACAGCCAACCCCAUUGGUAUUGAAUUUCUGAAAGGAUUUCGAGUUAUACUUGAAGAAUUAAAAUCGGAAAGAAGACAAUGUCAGCAGUUGCUUUUAAAAGACCCAAAACAGCUCAACUCAAGUUAUAAAUGGACUAGAGUGGAAUCUCAGCCUUUCCUAAAUCUGAAAUUUGAAACUGACUACUUUGUAAAGAUUAUUUCUUUUCCAUCCAUUAAGAAUGAAAGUAACUACCAUCCUUUUUUCUUUAGAACUCGGCCUUGUGAAUUGCUGCUGCAACCAGACAAUCUGGUCUGCAAACCUUUUUGGAAACCAAGAAGCUUGAAUAUUACACAGCAAGGUUUUAAUAUGUAUGUAUCUUUUGAUCAUGCACCACAUAACUUUGGAUUCAGAUAUUACUACCUGCACUACAAGCUCAAAACUGAUGGACAGUUCAAACAGAAGAUUUGUAAACAGGAAAAGAAUACAGAUGCAACAACUUGUAUUCUUCAGAAUGUCUCACCUGGAGAUUAUAUCAUUGAGCUUGUUGAUGAUACCAACACAACAAGAAAAUCAAUGCAGUAUGUGUUGAAGCCAGUGCACUCCCCAUGGGCAGGUCCAAUAAGAGCUAUAGCCAUUACCGUACCCUUGGUUGUCAUCUCUGCAUUUGCAACACUUUUUACAGUGAUGUGUCGCAAAAAGCAACAAGAAAAUAUCUAUUCCCAUUUAGAUGAGGAGAGUUCUGAAUCUUCUACCUACUCUGCAUCUCUCCAUGUGGAAAGGCAGCAACCUCGCCCUAAAGUCUUCCUCUGCUAUUCCAAUAAAGAUUGCCAGAAGCACAUUAAUGUCAUCCAGUGUUUUGCCUUUUUCCUUCAGGACUUUUGUGGUUGCGAGGUUUCUUUAGAUUUAUGGGAAGAUCUGAAAAACCCUAAAGAAGGUCAGAAAGAGUGGCUUCAUCGGAAAAUCAAUGAAUCCCAAUAUAUCAUCGUUGUAUGUUCAAAAGGAAUGAAAUAUUUUGUGGAGAAAAGGAGCUGGAAGCACAAGAGAUCCAGGGAAAAGGAUACUGGGAAAGGAGAACUCUUUCUGGUUGCCAUAGCUACCAUAGCAGAGCAGCUACGACAUGCAAAGCAAAAUUCACGUGACCUCUGCAAGUUCAUUGCUGUUUACUUUGAUUAUUCCUGUGAAGGUGACAUUCCUGGAGUACUAGAUUUAACCACAAAGUACAAGCUUAUGGAUAACCUGCCUCAGUUUUAUGCUCAUUUAAAAUCCAAAGAUCUUAGCUUUCAUGAUUCAGAAUUGUAUCCUGUACAUAUUAGCAAAAGAAAUUAUUUCAGGAGUAAGUCGGGACGAUCGCUCUAUGUAGCCAUUUGCAACAUGCAUCAGUAUAUAGACCAGGAGCCUGACUGGUUUGAGAAGCAGUUUGCGUCUUUUUUCCCAACACCUUUACGUUGUCCGGAUCCAGUGAUAGAAACUUUUGACUCUGGCUUGGUAUUAAAUGACUUAGUCAAUAAACAAGUGACUGAUGGAGAUUUUUAUCUAAAAGUAGAUGCAAAUGUUCCUCCUCCUUUGCAUUCAGACUCUCUUUGUGUGACCCAGCAUUUGAAUCUUGGGCUGGAUAGAGAAUCUCAGGACAUUCAGAACACUAGCUCUAUUCUUCAACCAUUGCUUCAUGUUGUCAAAGCUGCCAAUCUGCCAGACAUGCCCCGAGAUUCGGGAAUUUAUGAUUCCUCUGUUCCUUCAUCUGAACUGUCACUACCUUUAAUGGAUGGACUCUUAACAGAUCAAACUGAAACAUCUUCCAUUACAGAGAGUGUUUCUUCCUCAUCAGGACUGGGAGAAGAUGAGCCGCCUUUGCUUGCUGCCACCAAAUCCCUCGUGCCUGGAAUAUGUAAAGCAGAACUUCAUUGCUGUAUCCACACAGAAGAACUGCAGGCAAUUGCACCUUUAUAAUGGAUUGAAAGAUUGUUAUGCAUUGCCACUUUAUCAACAGCAUCUGUUUAUACAUUAAUCUCUGUAUCAUUGCAGUCAUUUGACUUGUUUGGAAGAAAAUAUACUUUCAUGGAGGAUUUGCUUCCUAGGAUAGUUCAUGGCCAGUAUAUUUUGUUUUAUACUUUGUUUUUAUAUAAACAGUUUUCUAUUUUGAUAAUAAAACUUUCAAGAUUGGGAAGAUAGAUAUUACUAUUGAUUUGGAUUUAAGGGAGAUGUUGUAUUAACAAGAGUUAAAAUCCAUCUACUUUCUAAUAUGAAAUAUAGUUUUUGGAAAUUACCAAAUCUUUGAUUCCCAUGAUGAACUAUGAUUUCAUCCUAUAAGAGAGAGCUGUGACUCUUUACAAACAUAUGCUUUUUCCAUUUUUAAUUCUAUUAAUACCCAAGAGGAAAGACACUGUGAGUGUUUGGUUAUAAUUAGCCAUGCUUCCUUUCUAUCUAAAAUUGAUAUUCUGAUUUAACACUUAAAUUGUCAUAAAAUUAUGGUUGGAAAAUAGUUUAAAAUGAAACUGACUACAAUUUAGUGUAACAGCCUAUUUAACAGCAGGAAACAAGUAAUGUUUGAUCCUCCGAUGCUCUAUCAGGUUCCUGGUUGUAAAUGCUGAAGCAACUGGACAUCAUAAUAUAAUGUUCAGUAAUAUUUGGAGAUUGGAAAGCAGGAUUCACAGUUAAAAUACCAAAGAUGAGACCUAUAAAAAUAGCUUUACUAAAACAGAAAUAAUUGUUAAAUUUUGCUUACCCAGCCUAGCAUAUUUAAGUAGAAAGUUAAAGAAAGUAUGUUUUAUGUCUUAUUUUACUCGUGAGCAAAUUUAUAUUAAUGGCAAGUUUGCCGUUCCAAUUUAAAAAUAGUUUAAAUUUAAACUCAAUUGUGUUUCCUAGUUGUCUGCUAACAUUCAUGCUAGUAUUAAUAUUUCAUUGUUUAAGCAUUUCUCUAAAUGUUUUUAACUUUAGAAGCUAAAAUAUUAAAGUUCAGUUGAACAAUUAAAUCAAGGUCAAGAAUAUAAAUAAUUGAUAUAUAACUGAGUAUUUGUUUAUAUGAAUGAUAAAUUGUUCUUAGAAUCAUACCAGCCCUCCUCUAGCCCCUAUUUUUGAAAUCUAAAGUUGUGACCAGAGUUGUAUUUACUUUGAACUGUUAUCCUGGCUUUGUUUAGGAUAUUGUUCUUAAUUCAUUACACUGACAUUUUUCCAGGUUGUUUAAUAAUUUUAAAAGAUACCUAAGUAGAUACAUUUGCUUUUUAAAAAAAAAGUAUGCCUCAACAUUAGCAAGUAGCCAUUUUCAUGUAGAUAAUGCAAUUGUUUUUGAGCCGUUAUAUAACAUUAUUAAGGGGCAAGUCUGGUAGAUGAGCAUUAAAAUCUUUCCCCGAUUUGUUCUCACUUUUUUAGCUUAAAUUGAGUCAUUUUUGAUAGCAACAAUUUUAGUACAUGUUUUAAACUAUUUUUUUAAAAUCAAAAUUAUUCCAGAAAGGAAUUUAAACUUUCUUAAAUAGUUUAAUGUGGGGAAAUAAUUUUUCCACAAACAAUGAUACACAUAUGAUAAUCAUGAGAGCUAUUUUUAAACCUUGCACUGUCCCUUCUGUAUAUUUGCUGACCACUUGAAAAUGUUGCUUGUGUAUCCUGAUUACUUGAAAGUCCAUGUAACAGUUCUGGAGGAUUUCCUUAAAAUAAAAUUAAUUUUUUAAAAAAGUAAGAAACAUAUGUGAUAAAUUCCUCAAAUAGCAAAACACAUACUGAAAAGUUUAAAGAGAGGAUGGAUGGUCAGUUAGAAUAAUAACUAUUAGAAGUAGGGAUACAGAUUCAGUUAAGACCAUAGUUGCAUCCCCAAAUGCUAUAUUUUUCUAUUUGUACUGGAAAAGAAUUCCUAUCAGGAUUUUCCAAAAAGAAAAUUUAAUAAUGGAAAGAAUUCCUGUAUCUUUUAUAUUCCUUGGGGAUCUGAAGUGGCCUUGCUCUACUCAUGCUGCUUAGGCAUUAUGGAAGUUGAAAUCCAGUAUUUCCUCAGGGCACCAUAUAGAUAAAUGCUAUAGUGACCCAUCUGUAUUUUCUGGGUUUCCAGUGGGUUUUAGGUUUGUAAUCAAUCUUAUCUUCACAAUUUGAGUUAUUUAAUUAACAUACUGGGAUCAAAUACCUUGAUUUUUGUUAUAUCAAGUUAUAUUCACAAUACAUUUUGAUAAAAUACUGUCAAUUUUAGGAAUUAGCAAUCCUAAACUCGUAUCAGUGAUUUUUCAACUAACCUAAUGUGGUAAUUAGAUUACCACUAAAAUUACCACUUUUCUAAAUCAGCACUUCCCUCCACUUACUCGCAGCUGUCUCUUUCUCAGGAUAGGUAAGUUUCCUUUAUUGAUGUCAUACUUGCAGUAUUUCUCAGGGAUAUUUUUGGCAUAUUUUUGUUUCACUUGCAUGUUUUAAGUAGUCAUGCAAAUCAAGAAAUGCCUCAAUAUUGCAUACCAUCAUUUAUUUUUUAUUUCUGCCAGCUUCAGAGCUCUCUUUUCUUUUUCAAAAUCAGUUUACAACUCAAGAGAAUAAAAAAAACUGGUUAUAGCCAGCUUGUGAUUCCUUAUUUUUUCUAAUAGUAUUCACUGAAACUUAUUUACUAAUUACUUCGUAUUGGGUUAAUUAUAUUUUAUAAUUUAACAUAAUUAAAAACAUAAAAAUAAGAAAAAAUAAGAAUUUAGGAAACGAAAAUAUAUAAAGAAAUGACUUUUUACUGCAUGACAAGUAUAAACAAUUUAAACAACUUAUUGUCUUCUUUAACAGUGCAACGAAGUAUUAUUCCCGUAUCUCAUCUGUUAUCUAUAAACAAAUCCUUAAAGAUACCAUUGUGCAGUUAAUGAAGUUUAUUAAUGAUUACCAGAGAUAACGCCUCUUUUUUAAUCUUUAUAAAAUAAAUCAUAUCCUUUCUUUUUACUUUUAGCAAUCUUCAGUUAAUUAUAUUAAUUCACCAUUUAUCACUUUCUGUUUGGAGAGAACUAAUGGCCAUAGAAAUUCAUAGACUUCUAUGGUUAUGUUAUUUAUUAUAAAAAAUAAAGGAACUCUUCAUCUCCCUUCAUAGCUUUAAAAUUAAGGGAUAAAAAGUGGCAUUCUUUUUUCCUGCAGAGUAAUAGAGGCCUGUUCCCUGACCAACUGCUUUUACACUGUUACUUCUCUUCUUUCCCUCAUAACCCAACACCAAAAAAUAAAAUAAAUAAAUAAAUAAAUAAACAAACCCAAGUUUUCCCAAAAAGCAUGCAUAUAGAAUCUCUUCUGGGGAACACCUAGGAGUUAGUCUUUCCCCAUUCUAUAAAUCCAACCAACAGAUUACAAAAUAGAGUAAAAAUUUAGUGAAGUCUCUUAAACCUGCUGAUUAAAAAAGAUCAGGUGGUGGGGGUUAAUAAGAAUCUUAGAAAAAUAGGUCAGAAAAUAGAUGCACAUAGUUGAUAGUUUAAAUGACUAUUUCUCAACCUCAGUAACUUUUAAGAUAGGUGGACUUCAACUCCCAGAAUUCCCCAACCAACAUUAUUAGUUGAAGUUCACGCAUCUUAAAGUUGCUAAGGUUGACAAAAACAUUGGUUUACGCACAGUCCUGAGAUAAAGAUUCGAGACUGUAUUAAUCGCAAGAAAGAGUAGGGUUUAUAUUGAACAUUGUGCUUCAUAAAUUUGAGUAAAACUCAAAAAGGGAUUACAAGAUAAAUAGGUAAACCAAGUAUUUAUGAGAAUGCUAGUGAGUUCUUGUCAUAUAAUAGAUAAAAAGCUAAUUCAAAUUGUCCAAUUCCUUAAACUUUUUAAGAAUGAUAGGUUGAAAUGUUUUCAGUUUACUUGAGCAUUGGAAAAGCAUACAAUUCCUUUUUAGUUUUUAUGAAGAAAAAAUCCUGAUUUGAAGUAGGGAUGUAAUUCCUUUUUCCAAGGUGGUAUUAAUUCUGUUGUGUUCACUUCUGUUGUAGAAGUCCAGGAGGAAUUUAAUCUAAAGGAAAAAUCUUAGGCUGCUAAACUGCCUGAAGGCUUAAUGGGUCUUUCUGUUCCCUUCCCUUCAUUGUUACUUAUAAACUGACCAUAACCUUAUGCAGAAUUAAACAUGAUUUGCUCAGUUAGGAAUGGUGGUAACUGGAGCAAUGGUCUACAGGGGGCAUGAAGUAGACUUAGACUCAGAGAAGAGGCAAUCUAGUAAAGAUAUAGUUGCCGAUCAAUUGUGUUUGUGCACAAGGUAUACACUUGACCCAUUUCUCCAUAUAUAUUACCAUGUCCAAAAAAGGAACUUUUUAGGUAGUACCAUUAUAAGAUGGUACUAGUUAUAAAUAAUUUACUUAGGUUUGUACCACAGAAACCGGCUAUUGUUAUUUUUUUCCUUAAACGACAUGGCAAUUCCCAGCGUACUUUUAACUUAAAAGUACUUAACUACUUUAACUUAAUGAAAUUGUGAUACAAAAUAUUUCUGUAUGCUUUAGAAUGAGGUUACUAUUUUUCCUUUCCUUGAAGGUACAUCAAAGGCUCAAUCAUCAAGGUGAAUUUUUGAGAAAGGAUAGAAUUUGCCAUGAACAAGUUCUAUACAAACUUGACUGGAAUAUGUGCUCCUUUGAUUAUCUGAUAAAUUCAAUAGAUUGAGGAAUCUAUUGAAAUAUGAAUUAUGUUUCUAUGCAGCCCAGAAAACAUUGGAUAACAUUGAUUCAUAGAUUCAGCAUGCUUACACUGAAAUUAAAUUUGAGUGUUGUGUCUAAAAUCUGUCUGGUAAGUGUCUCUUGGAUAUUAGGGUCUUGAGGAGAUUGGAGUAAUCCAAUAUCCUUGUGCAAAUAGAAGGGCCCCUUCCAUUCAUGAAGGAAUUUAAAUCUAGAGGUUGAAAGAAGAGGUUGAAGUAACUUUUUGUUGAUUUCCUUUUGUUCCGCAUCCUUUCACACUAUUUGCUUAGUAGACCAGGCAGUGCCAUAGUUGUCCUGUGUUGCAGGAGAAAACUGACCAUCGUUUGAACAAGGUUCUAAUGAAGUUCUGGAUUCAAAUCAUUAUAGUUCAGUAUUUCUGUCCAUUCGGACAAUAGGAAAGCCUCUUGAAAGCCAAAAAUGUUAAUAUACAUUUUAGAGGUUAGAUUAUGAUUAUUUUAGUAUUGUUUUAGAUGCCAAACAAAUUUUAAUAUUGUAAAAUAAUUCACUGUGUAUUUUUAAGACUUUACAGAUAUGGAGAUAUUUUCUAAACGCUUAUAAUUCUUGUAUGAAUUAAAUUGAAAUAUGUAAGAAACAUCAACAUGGGUCAAUACUUAAGUAAAUGUAGUGAUUUUCAUGUUUAUGUACAAAAAUAUAAGCCUUUGGUAAUAGCUGAUAUUAGGGUGAAUUUAUUUUUAUGUUGCCAUAAUUUAGAAAUUAACAUCAGAAUAAAAAGUCAUAAAAAUUAAUUUUGAAUUGCUUAUGUUUUUAUGCUAGAUUGUUUUUGUAAGCAUGUAUUUCUUCAAACAUUAGCUUCACAACAAGAGUAACAAUAAAAAACUGUGUACUUCUUUAUCCAUUGUUAUUACCUCCUUGGGAUAAAAUCUCUUUACAGUUGUUACUAUGAAACAUAAUUGCUAAUAAAUUGAAAUUGUGUGAAAUAAAACAACAUACGAUGAAAUUUUA